AUGGCCGGAAGGAACGGAGGAAAUCCAAUUUAUGAAGUUUUUCGUUGGAUACUCAAACAAAGGAGGGAUAAUACUGAAGGGCAAUUAGCCGCACUUGUCAAAGUUAUGGCUGACAUAAUUCGGAAGGUUGAUGGCCUGUUGAAGGAGCUCGAGUCGAUUCAACGUCAGUUAGGAAAUCCUGGCGAAGCAGAAGAAGAAGCAGAGUAUGAGGAGAUGGAAGGAAAAGAAGAUGAAGAUGAGGGCAACGAUGCUCAUGAAGGGAAUGACGAUGAGGAAGGGGUUGAGGCUGACAAUGAGAAAGAGGAGGUAAAUGAUGACGAUGAUAACAGUGAAGAUGAGGAGGGGGCUGAUGAUAACAAUGCCGGUGAGGAGGGGGCUGAUGAUAACAAUGUCGGUGAGGAGGGGGUUGAUGUUAACAAUGUCGGUUAG